CGAUUGCAUUAUAAUAACACGCAUCUAAAACUAAUCUAGUCGCCUUCCGAACAUCUGACUAUAGGUAGACCACUGGCAGUGUUUUACAUUUUUGUAAAUAUGUAGGCCCCCAUUAUACGUUGUCACAACAAGUAUCGAUAACAGCCAUGCUGCAUAAGUUAAUACCUCAGUUCGCUCCUGGUAGUGUCACCAUGUUGUCCGGGUUAUUCAGGGCUCAUGGUCAAUUCUGUGCCUCCCAUCCAUGGGAGGUUAUAAUAGGAACAGUCACCAUUACACUAUGUCUAAUGUCCAUGAGUUUAUUUACAAGCUCAGAAAAAGUAUGUGGCUGGAAUUAUAUUUGUCCUCACGAAGAUUUACAACUGAAUCCUGAUGUAAAGAGUUCAGAUCUUAUUAUAAUGACAAUAACUAGAUGUCUUGCUGUAAUUUAUAUUUAUCUUCAAUUUAGAAAUUUACGACGUCUAGGUUCCAAGUACCUUUUAGGUAUUUCUGGAGUGUUCACCAUUUUUUCUAGUUUUGUGUUCAGCAUGGCUGUUAUUCAUCUACUUGGCAAUGAUUUAACAGGACUUGAUGAAGCUCUUCCAUUUUUUUUAUUACUCAUUGAUUUGUCUAAAGCUAGUGCCUUGGCAAGAUUUGCCCUAAGUUCGUCUUCUCCUGAAGAAGUAAAAGAUAAUAUAGCUAAAGGAAUGGCUAUUAUAGGACCUUCUAUAACAUUAGAUGCAAUCGUCGAAACACUAGUCAUAGGUGUAGGAACACUGUCAGGUUUAAGACAGUUAGAAACAAUGUGCUGUUUUGGUUGUCUUUCCGUUAUUGCCAAUUAUUUAGCUUUUAUGACAUUUUAUCCAGCUUGCCUUGCCCUUGUUUUAGAGUUGUCAAGAGAUAGAAAUCAAGGAAAACCUUUGUGGCAAUUACAGAAAAUAUCAAAAAUAUUACAAGAGGAAGAGGAAGAGAAAAAACCUAAUCCAGUUACUCAGAGAGUUAAAAUAAUAAUGUCUGCAGGAUUAGUGUUAGUACAUGCUCACAGUCGUUUUUCUGCUGGAUUUACAUCAUCAAAUACCAAUCCUACUUUAGAUGCUAGGUUUCCAUCAACAGAACAAGUUUUUAUGGAUAAACAAAUCAACCCUGACCUGCCAUUGUGGCAAUUUUAUCUUUUCAAGCUUCUUACUUUCAAUACAGAAUAUAGUAUAACGCUAUGUUUGGCUAUUAUAUUAGCUAUAAAGUAUGUAUUCAUGGAUGAUAGUGUUGAUCGUGAAGUCCAGAAACUAUUACAGUCUCAUAGUGAUAUUAGCUCAGACACUAAUAAUGAAUCCAAGUCACAGAGUAAUGGUCAUAUUCCAGUAAUAAUGACUGAAGAAGAUUUUAAACAUGAUGCAUCCUUUAUUAUUGGUGGUGAUGAUAGUGAUGAUGGUGAUUAUGAUAGUAAAGAAGAUAAAGAGACACAGACAGAAACUAUGUAUGAUUUUAAACCCUUAGAUCUUGUUAAAUCAUCACUUCCACCACGUACUCUAGAUGAUUGUCUUGUUACAAUGAAAUCAGAUGAUGGUCCUAAUAGUUUAACAGAUGAUGAAAUUUUAAUGUUAGUAGAGAAGAAACACAUUCCAGCAUACAAACUAGAAAAUAUGUUAAGUAAUCAUGUCAGAGGUGUAGAUAUACGGUAA